CUUGUGUCGUCACCAGAUCUCUUAAAAAGAUGGAACCUCAGCGGCCCUUCCUCGUAGCGAGCCUAGUGGCGGGUGUUUGCGUUGAAACGUGAGCGCGACCCGACCUUAAAGGGGAGGGAGCAAAGGAAGGACAGAGCCCUUUAAAACGAGGCGGGUGGUGCCUGCCCCUUUAAGGGUGGGGCGUCCGGACGACUGUAUCUGAGCCCCAGACUGCCCCGAGUUUCUGUUGCAGGCUGCGAGGAAAGGCUCCUAGACUGGGUCCGGGUGCUCGGCGGCGGCGGCUUCCUCCCCGCUUGUCCUCCCCGGGCCCGGAGGCACCCCAGCUCCAGUCAUGCUGAGCAGAGUAUGGAAGCACCUGACUACGAAGUGCUAUCCGUGCGAGAACAGCUAUUCCACGAGAGGAUCCGCGAGUGCAUUAUCUCAACACUUCUGUUUGCAACACUGUACAUCCUCUGCCACAUCUUCCUGACCCGCUUUAAGAAGCCUGCUGAGUUCACCACAGUGGAUGAUGCAGAUGCCACAGUCAACAAGAUUGCGCUCGAGCUGUGCACCUUUACCCUGGCAAUUGCCCUGGGUGCUGUCCUGCUCCUGCCCUUCUCCAUCAUCAGCAAUGAGGUGCUACUCUCCUUGCCUCGGAACUACUACAUCCAGUGGCUCAACGGCUCCCUCAUCCAUGGCCUCUGGAACCUUGUUUUUCUCUUCUCCAACCUGUCCCUCAUCUUCCUCAUGCCCUUUGCAUAUUUCUUCACUGAGUCCGAGGGCUUUGCUGGCUCCAGAAAGGGUGUCCUGGGCCGGGUCUAUGAGACAGUGGUGAUGUUGAUGCUCCUCACUCUGCUGGUGCUAGGUAUGGUGUGGGUGGCGUCAGCCAUUGUGGAUAACAACAAGGCCAGCAGAGAGUCACUCUAUGACUUCUGGGAGUACUAUCUCCCCUACCUCUACUCAUGCAUCUCCUUCCUUGGGGUUCUGCUGCUCCUGGUGUGUACUCCACUGGGUCUCGCCCGCAUGUUCUCCGUCACUGGGAAGCUGCUGGUCAAGCCCCGGUUGCUGGAAGACCUGGAGGAGCAGCUGUACUGCUCAGCCUUUGAGGAGGCAGCCCUGACCCGCAGGAUCUGUAAUCCUACUUCCUGCUGGCUGCCUUUAGACAUGGAGCUGCUACACAGACAGCUCCUGGCUCUGCAGACACAGAGGGUCCUGCUGGGUAUGUGGGUUGGUAGGGCUUGGGAUACCUGGGUUUCCCCAAGGAGAGUAGCCCCUGGUUCCAGGUGCUUGCUGACAGCCUCCCAUCCCUGCACAGAGAAGCGGCGGAAGGCUUCAGCCUGGCAACGGAACCUGGGCUACCCCCUGGCUAUGCUGUGCUUGCUGGUGCUGACGGGCCUGUCUGUGCUCAUUGUGGCCAUCCACAUCCUGGAGCUGCUCAUCGAUGAGGCUGCCAUGCCCCGAGGCAUGCAGGGUGCCUCCUUAGGCCAGGUCUCCUUCUCCAAGCUGGGCUCCUUUGGUGCCGUCGUUCAGGUUGUACUCAUCUUUUACCUAAUGGUGUCCUCAGUUGUGGGCUUCUAUAGCUCUCCACUCUUCCGGAGCCUGCGGCCCAGAUGGCAUGACACCGCCAUGACGCAGAUAAUUGGGAACUGUGUCUGUCUCCUGGUCCUAAGCUCAGCACUUCCUGUCUUCUCUCGAACCCUAGGGCUCACUCGCUUUGACCUGCUGGGUGACUUUGGACGCUUCAACUGGCUGGGCAAUUUCUACAUUGUGUUCCUCUACAACGCAGCCUUUGCAGGCCUCACUACACUCUGUCUGGUGAAGACCUUCACUGCAGCUGUGCGGGCAGAGCUGAUCCGGGCCUUCGGGUUGGACAGACUGCCACUGCCCGUCUCUGGUUUCCCCCGGGCAUCUAGGAAGACCCAGCACCAGUGACCUCCAGCUGGGGGUGGGAGGGAAAAAACUGGACACUGCCAUCUGCUGCCUAGGCCUGGAGGGAAGCCCAAGGCUAGCUGGACCUCAGGACCUGGAAUCUGAGGGGGUGGGUGGCAGAGGGGAGCAGAGCCAUCUGCACUGUAGCAUAAUCUGAGCCAGAGUUUGGGACCAGGACCUCCUGCUUUUCCAUACUUAACUGUGGCCUCAGCAUGGGGUAGAGCUGGGUGACUGGGUCUAGCCCCUGGUCCCAAAUCUGUUUACACAUCAAUCUGCCUCACUGCUGUUCUGGGCCAUGCCCAUAGCCAUGUUUACAUGAUUUGAUGUGCAAUAGGGUGGGGUGGGGGCAGGGAAAGGACUGGGCCAGGCCAGGCUUGGGAGAUAGGUUGUCUCCCUUGCUUCUGGCCCAGCAGAGCCUAAGCACUGUGCUAUCCUGGAGGGGCUUUGGACCACCUGAAAGACUAAGGGGAUAGGAGGAGGCUUCACCCAUCAGCAAUAAAGUUGAUCCCAGGAUUUGCUUUGUUUUUUUAAAGCGCCUGUCUCUGUGUGUAUUUGAACAGCCUUGCUCCCACCAGUCCUGAGUCUGCCCAGUAAGAGAAGCAGAGGGGUCCUGCCCACCACCAUCCUUUUCCUUCCCCUUCAUCUAUAUUACUAGUAUCCUUUGGGGACUUGGAUCUGGUGUUAGGCCAUGCAGUUGGGCAGUGGAAAACUCCUCCAUCCUCAGCCUUGCUUAAAGCUGGCUUGUCCCCUGACUCCUUAUAUCCAUGGCCUU